AUGCCGCCCAUAUCGGGCUUGGUGCAUUGGCACCACUACGUCGCACGCAAUCUGAAGACGAUCAGGACUGCUUUGACGAAAGCGGCACGCCUCGUCGAUGCGUCGCUCGGCGGCCAACCACAAGCCAAACUCGAGCCGGUGCUUGCUCGCAACGCGCCAAAGCAACCGCUCCACCCACUCGCCCGCAUCAGACAGAGCCAGUCUCGCUGGUACAGCACUGCAAAAAGCGCCGUCAACAGUAGCACCCGGCAGUUCACAACUACCGCCUCUGGUCGAGCUGGACCGAAGUAUGACCGCGCCUCAUUCCCAAAGUCAAGAGUCAGCGCGCAGAUCAAUCAGUCAUCAGGCAGGGCGCCUUUCGCGCACACCCUACGGCCAAACCUUACUGGUGGUACCCUUGGCCGGACGGCUGGCGGAUACACGCUCGGAUCUGGCAGGGUAGGUGGCGCCAGAUACUUCUCGCAUACGCCUGCGGCACAGGCACAAGUGGUCAACAAUGUGUCGCAAGCCGUUCGUGCGUUCUUCGUCGGUGGGCAGAAGGCGCAAUUCGAUGGUAUGUCGCCGAGAGGCGAGAAGCGCUACAAGGCGGUGACUGCGCUUCAAGAUGAGACUGGUCGUAAGAUGAGGAGCAUACCGAGAGCUUCGCCAGGGUCAUACGUUGACUUCCGCAUUAACCCGACGGUGACUGCGAUCACUCCAAUGACCGCCGUGACUGGUUUCACCGAGAGCGAGGCCAGCCCAUUGGAUCACCUCAACACCGACGGCUUGCUUGAUGUCCUUUCUGUCGAUUUCUCGCGGGCCCUCAAGGAUCUUGCUGCUAUCAUGAAUGAUUUCAGGCGUCUAUCAGCGCUAGGUGAUUUGCCUAUUACUUAUGAAGGCUCCAAUCUGCGCAUCCACUUCCCAGGCUGCGACGCAGACACGGUGGAGCGCUUGUGCGAGGAACUGGGCGUCAGCCGUGGAGUGGUUCACCAAGACGCAGCAUUCGAUGCGUUCACAGGCACCGAGAUCGCCUUGCUCUUUCCAUUCGCGCCGAGUCAGGCAGCUUCAAAUACCGACACGCCAGCAUACUCGACCCAGUCUGCGAGAUCAGACUCCGACUUGGAAGAUGCGGUGCUGAUGAACCCGAGGCUGUCCACCUCGUCUGAGUACGAGUCCGUCCGUUCCGGUACGGAUAGCAGCGGCUAUGCAUCCGAUAGGCAUAGUCCACUGGAGUAUCAGGGCUUCGAAGGCAUUUAUCGGUUCAUCGAAGAGCUGGAUGCGGUGCGGAAAUAA